CCGGGAGGAGGCGCCUGCCGCUAACAAAAGUCGGCGAUCGGCAGCUGUGCCCGGUUUCCCUGCCCGGCAACAAGUGGCUGGAGGGGGCUGCCCGAGCUGCGAGGAGGGAGGGAAGGAAGGCGGGAGGGAGGGAGAAGAAGAAAAGCCAAAGCUGAGCCCGCGCGCUGUGCGGCGGGUCCCGUGGAUUACAACUGGGGCAGGGAAGGCGCCUUCGCCUCGAGAUGGUGGGCGGCGGGGAGCGGCGGUGAGCAUGAAGGCGGCAGGAUGGGCGCCAGCAACGGCAAGCAGUACGGCAGCGAGGGCAAAGGCAGCUCAAGCAUCUCAUCCGACGUGAGUUCAAGUACAGAUCACACGCCCACCAAAGCCCAGAAGAAUGCAGCUACCAGUGAAGAUUCCGACCUGAGCAUGCGGACUCUCAGCACUCCCAGUCCAGCACUGAUAUUCCCACCAACAUCUCCCGGUUUCCAGAAUGGUCGAGGCUCCUCUACUUCGUCAUCCUCAGUCACUGGGGAAACGGUGGCCAUGGUCCACUCUCCCCCUCCCACCCGCCUCACUCACCCCCUUAUCCGCCUGGCGGCCAAGCAGCAGAAGGAGCAGGCCCACAUCGACCGGCUGCCCGACCAAUCCAUGAUCCACAUCUUCUCCUUCCUGCCCACCAACCAGCUGUGCCGCUGCGCCCGCGUGUGCCGCCGCUGGUACAACCUCGCCUGGGACCCCCGGCUCUGGAGGACUAUACGCCUGACCGGCGAGACCAUCAAUGUGGACAGGGCUCUUAAAGUGCUGACGCGAAGGCUUUGUCAGGAUACACCCAACGUAUGUCUCAUGUUGGAGACGGUAAUUGUUAGUGGCUGCAGGCGGCUCACAGACAGAGGACUCUACACCAUUGCCCAGUGCUGUCCGGAACUGCGGCGGCUGGAGGUGUCUGGCUGUUACAAUAUCUCCAACGAGGCGGUCUUUGAUGUCGUGUCACUGUGUCCAAAUCUGGAACACCUGGAUGUGUCAGGCUGCUCCAAAGUAACAUGUAUCAGCUUGACUCGCGAAGCCUCCAUCAAGCUGUCUCCCUUACACGGCAAACAAAUCUCCAUCCGCUACCUGGACAUGACGGACUGCUUUGUCCUGGAGGACGAAGGACUGCACACUAUUGCCGCCCACUGCACUCAGCUGACCCACCUGUACCUGCGCCGCUGCGUCCGCAUCACCGACGAAGGUCUCCGCUACCUGAUGAUUUACUGCACGUCCAUUAAGGAACUGAGCGUGAGCGACUGUCGCUUUGUCAGUGACUUCGGCAUGCGGGAGAUAGCCAAGCUGGAGUCGCGCUUGCGAUACCUGAGCAUCGCCCACUGCGGCCGGAUCACGGACGUGGGCAUCCGCUACAUAGCCAAAUACUGCAGCAAGCUGCGCUACCUCAAUGCGCGGGGCUGCGAGGGCAUCACGGACCACGGCGUGGAGUACCUCGCCAAAAAUUGCACAAAACUCAAAUCGCUAGAUAUCGGCAAGUGCCCUCUGGUCUCAGACACCGGCCUGGAGUUUCUAGCCCUCAACUGCUUCAACCUGAAGCGCCUCAGCCUGAAAUCGUGCGAGAGCAUCACUGGGCAGGGCCUCCAGAUUGUAGCUGCCAACUGUUUUGACCUGCAGAUGUUGAAUGUGCAGGACUGUGAUGUUUCUGUGGAUGCUCUGCGAUUUGUUAAACGACACUGCAAGCGCUGUAUUAUAGAGCACACCAACCCUGCCUUCUUCUGAAAGGAUACUCCACCCGUUGUUACAAUGCAGUAUUAAAAACACUGAUGUAUAAACGCACGCUCCCGUAUUCAGUAAUGCUGUUUUUUUGUAGCUCACGGGAGUCAGCUUUUCUUGUAUGUUGUUGAUGAGGGAGCGUUUCUAGAGGACUAUUUUGUUUGCUUUAUGUAUGAUCACUUUUGAAGGUGCGGUGGGUCUCCGUUGAGAGCCUGCCUUAAUGCACGACCAGUGAGUGCUCAGCAUCCCUAGUGGGUUGCCAUUUCCGUAACAGCCAUGGUCUUGUCCCAAGCUAACGUAGCUACCUCCAAAGGAAAUAGCACAUAAUCCCUCCUUUGGAAAGGCUGCUAAGCUGUGUCAAACACAUCUGAAUUCCAGCUGUGCUCUUAAAGCUGACUAUGCAAUAUAUGUCUCUGUUCUCCAAUUUCUCCAAUAUGGCUGAUAAAGCAUCCCCUUAUCUCCAAGUAGUUUUUCCUUGGUAGUCACUCAUUGUAAUCCCUCAGGAAAUACUGGGUGGUGUUUUUAAAUAUACUUCACUGAGGCAGAAGACCUGCUGGCCUUUGCUGAGCACUCUGCUGCACGAGUCUGGAGAUUGUGCUGAAGCAUGGUUUCUCAUGGAAAGCUCUUUUCCAGUUCACUUAUGUAUCAUCACUACUUGCCUUCGGUUCUAAAUCUGCCCUUACCUGCAUCUGUAGUAGCAGCUCCUGGGUCUGAUAAGCAGUGACAUUUUCACUUGAGUGAAGGAAAACAGAUAAGAUAUUGGUGGCCUUGCAAAGGGAGAAGCCAGCAAUCCAAGAGGCUAUUACAAUUCUGCAACAAACUGAGCUAGCACUGCAGUACACUGGGGCCCCUGUGAUGCUGAGGAAUGGCUGACACAGGCAGUGCCCAUUGCUGCACUGUACUGCUGUCACCAGAAGGUCUGUCUGCUCCUUCACAGUACCUCUUCAACAGCCGUGACACUGCUGCAGCUGCCUCUCUCUGCGCAACCCAGGCACAUGUGUUGUGGUGUAUUCAGUAUGUGCCUUAGUACAUGUAGAAACCUCACCCCUUUCUGUGGCCUUCCAGUUUAACAGGUAGAUGGCUGAUCUCAGGUCUUCAAAGAGGUUAGCUUGUUGUUAGGUGACAUCCUGGGAGAGAGAGGGGCUUAGAAUGUAUUCACAUCAGAGGUUUCAUUUUGUGAAACCUUGUCUCAUGUGUUCCCAAAGGCUGGAUAAAUGGCUGCUGUUCAGCAAGGAAUUACCAACACCAGCAUUGCCUUGUGACACUGCAAGCCCGCUGUACUCUCAUGGUCACUCUUGCUCAUGCAAGAGCAAGCAGGGCUUGGAGUUUCCCCUCUGCUGCCUCUUUCCUCAGAGCACACAGUCAUUUUGUGGUUCCUUUCUUCACCAUUUUCUGGCAGCCGUUUCUCUGCAGUUUCACAUUUACUGCUCAGAUUGGAAGCCAAAGAUGUGAAGGGGUGAUGAUAUUUUCAGGCAGGCCCCCUGUGCGUGACUGACAGGUGAAUUCAUACAGUCAGCAUUGUGAAUUUAUACAUUCAUCUCAAAUGCUAUAAAUGUCUUGGUAAAGAACAUAAGAAGGGAAGCACCGUGUCUGGUUUUCAUAAGCAGUAGUUCCAUCAUCUCCAGACAACACUCAUAAAAUCAUUGAUAUGAAGUGAAAAUCCACAUGUUCACGAAAAAUACAUAAUUGCUGAGGAAAUACUUGCAGCAGUGCUCUCUCAGAUUACAAAAAGCAAUGCUUUGGGCACGUCCCUGCAGAGGGAACUUGUCCUACUUGUGCAAAAAGUCCUGUAACCUACGUAUGUUCCUCCAGUUUGGAGUUUCCUAACUUCUGGUAUGUCACCACCUGUGAAUUACAAAUGCGAUUGUACUGAAGCAAGGAGGGCUAAGGAACAUGAAUUUGUUAUUGCUACUGUUACUGGUCAGCGGGUAGCAGAGAGUAAUCCCAUCCUUUGACCAGUUAACAUCACUUUAGUUUUCCUUUCUGUGUUUUUAAAAUUAGAGAUUCUUUUCCAGCCAGUAUUACAGCGUAUUUUAUCCGAGCCAGCUAUACUCUCUGUUUAUCCUUUAUCUGAAAACGGCCCCAAGAACAGUUAAAUGUUGAGCCCAUUUCUGAAGAUGGUGGGAUUUAGAGCCAUUUGCACUCAUGAAAUAUAAGGCCUCAUUAGUAACAUUUAACUGUUUAUUAGGAAGAAAAAAAAAUCUACUUUUCUGGCUAAGCUAAAUUGAGUGAAUAGUGCUACAUGGUUUUUAAGGUUUCUAAUGUUUAAAUUGGCCUGUACUGUACAAAUCUCACUAUAAAGCCUUAAUUUGCUACCAAGAAAUAAAGCAAUAUAUUGGUAACUGAUGAGA